AAUUGUGUGAAAAUAACCUGGUAUCAAUCAGCGUACCUAUCUCCGAAUAUAAAGCUAAGUGGAGAUUCCCGAGAAAUUCUAAAUCUAGUAUACAAUUGAAAUCGUUUCACGGAAUACCUUGCGACAGCCCAGAGUGGCAGCUGGUGCUGUUUUCUGAUUGCAUUAAUAUCAUCAGAGACGCACAAAACCAUUGAUUCUGAUACUAAAUGACCUGGAAAAUGAAUUAGUUUUCUUUUCAAGAAACGAAUACCGUUUCCGCCCAGAGAAGAACCCGAUAGGGUUAUCAGGGUAAAGCAAACACUCAAUUUUUGCAGCACAGAGAAAUAUGCUUGCAAUGAGUUGAGCAACUUUAUCUUUUCUUGAAUUAUUGCUUCAGCAAGAUACCAAUACUUAUUGCAACGAGUAAUUACGGUAGCCUUGAUGUGUGGUAUGGGUGAUGAAAACGCAAUUUAAGGAAGAUAAUUGCAGUAAAAAUGGUUCAAAAUGUCGCUUGUCGUGUAAGCUGUCUUUUGAAAUCCACUUCAUCAUUCUGCAAGCAUGUUCAAAACGGAGUCAGGCAAACAGAUAUGGCAAAUACCACGCAGGCCCUGGCAGCUCAUUUGCAUGAGCUGGGUGAACUUCAGCGUAGCGUCAGUGAAAAGAAUAUCGUCGGGCCACAACCACUGGCACAAAAUCGGAUAUCACGUAAGCUAGCCGCUACUGAUACUACGGCGAAAUCUUUUUCUCUCUUCUUCAUUGAAUACUUGAACUGUCUACAUUAUUUAGGUAUAGAGUAAACAACGUUAUGUGUGCGCGAUAAUGCUUGGUAUCAUUAAACGCUAUUAUCGCUGACGAUGAGUGAGCAGGUAAAUAAAUCUUGAAGUAGAUUUUUCGCGCACCAAGGCAUCCCGGAGUAAACUCAAUCAGACCUGAGUUACUUGCACGACGAAGACAAAAUGCCCGACGAAGAGAAACGGGACGAAACGAAAGGGACUUGUAAGAUAUUCACCGUCUCAUUUCCAACCGAACCUCAGCCACCCGUCGGAGCUGUGAAUGAACACGAUGAAACGGAAACACCACGCGACUUCGAGGAAGCUGCUGAGGCCACAGGCUACGGACUCUUCAACUAUCUGCUUCUGUUGGCAGCCCUUCCGGGGGGAUUCGCAAGCGUCUUCGACUCUACAACGAUGUCGUACGUUUUGCCAUCGGCCGAGUGUGAUUUGCGUCUAACAUUGUUUCACAAGGGAGUUCUCAACGCUGUUACUUACACAGGAAUGAUGUCUUCGGCGUUCAUUUGGGGCUUCUUGGCUGACGUGAGAGGUCGACGGUCUUUGCUGAUAUGGGGAUACCUGGCCGAUUCGAUAUGCAACGUGAUGUGCAGCAUGUCGCAGAGCUUUUACGUCCUCGCGUUCUUCAAAUUCUUCACCGGAUUCAUCAUAAACGGCCCUUUUGCAAUCAGCAUGACGUACCUCGCGGAGUUUCACUCUUCCAAGCACAGAGCAAAGACGUUGCUUUGGUGCAGUUUAUUUCCCUCAUUGGGUAUUGUCGUGCUUCCAGGUUUGGCGUGGCUGAUAAUACCUCAGUCCUGGUCGUUCACUCUGUUCGACGGAGCCUUCGUCUACAACUCUUGGCGGAUAUUCAUCCUGGUCUGCAGCAUGCCUUCGCUGCUGGCAUGCUUGGCGUUGAUGUACUUUCCGGAGAGUCCAAAGUUCCUCAUGUCUCAGGGUCGAAACGCCGAGGCGAUGAAAAUCUUCCGAAAAAUGUACUCGAUGAACACCGGAAAAUCACCGGAAACGUUCGCGGUAAAGGAACUCUGCCAGGAGCGUCAAACGGAGCAAAUCAACGAUACACCAGCUGACCAGAAAAGCGCGUCCAUGUGCGAGAAGAUGCGAAACGGUUGGGCUCAGAUAAAACCGCUCUUCAAGAAGCCGCAUCUCGCCCGGUUUCUGCUGAUCAUCACAAUUCAGUUUGGUAGCAUCCUAAGUCUGAACACGCUGAGAUUAUGGAUGCCUCAGUUGUUCGCGAUGAUGGAAAACUUUGACUACGUCAACUAUGACUAUAGCUUGGGUAACCCGACUCUGUGUGAAAUCAUAACUAUGAAAAAUGACACUGAUUACGCGGUGAAUAGUUUUUCAAACGACACUGUUCCGAACACGUGUAUUGCGACGGUUGUUUCCAACAAAGUUUACAUAAACUCGAUCAUCAUUUCCGCAACUUCGGUGAUUGGCUACACCUUUGCUGGAAAAUUGGUGAAUUUAAUAGGAAAGAAGGUUCUCAUGCAGGUGCUCUACGUUGCUGCAGUUACCUGCAUUUUGGGACUUAAUUGGUCCUCGAGUUCGGACGUCACGUUAACAAUUCUUUCCCUGUACACGGCUGCGACGAACAUCGCGAUCACCAGCAUCAUCAGCUUCAUCGUUGACCUGAUGCCCACGUCUCUGAGAACGAUGGCCGUGAGCCUGACCAUGUGUGUUGGGCGCGGUGGAGCGACGAUUGGAAAUCUCCUCUUUCCGAUACUUCUAAGCGCAGGAUGCAUGUCACCCUUUGCGUUCGUCGCAGGGUUUUUAGUCGUCUGCAUCGUGCUUACCACUUUCAUACCGAGACCUCCCACCAAAUUAACGUAAAAUACUCAAACAACGAUUUCUUUACGCUCAUCAAGAUCGUUCGUUUUUUUGUUUUUUUGUACCGAUUAUGCGUCGACGGUUCCACAGUGUUAGAUUACUGUUCUUGUUUUCCAAAACAGUGCUCAUUGUGAACGCUACUCACAAUUAGGAAUUAGCGCACACAAGUGAACAGUCCGAAAAUACUCAUAUAUUGUAAAAUUUCAAGUUAACUGACGAGAUAAAAAUAUGUAUAUUUAUGAUUAAAUUGUAGGCACGUCCUGCUAGGGUGCAGUGUACAUUUUUUCAUUUUUACCUUUAUGGCGGGUGUCUGGUAUAAGACGGGAAUAUUUCUUUACGAAAUAUACGAGCGUACUGAAAAUAAUAAUAUUUGUCUCCUCUUCUCAAACACAGUUCUGUCUAUUUUCAUUGACUGAGUUAUCGAAACAAAUGUUAAUUACUUUCGCAAAUAACUAGUUAGCUCUUCAUUCAUUGAUUUUGCAUCUGUACAAGCGAAAAAAUUUCACUUUCGUGAAUAAUUAUUAGAAUAAGCAGCUAUGUAUUAGGUAUAACUUGAAUUUUGUCACUCUGUAUGCUGAGCAGGUAAUCUGGUAUCGAUUAUCGCAUAUUUUAGUGAGCUUCGUUCAAGAAUCAUUUUUUCAUUACUGAAAAAUGUACAUUCUUCAAGGCGAUAGUAGAAUAGAAAAUAUCACGACGCACAGCCCGAAAGAGAUCGUUUAUUUUUUAAGCGAUUUUCGAUUUCCAUACACCAUUAACUCGCCAACGAAGAGCAAGUCAUGUCAUUGCGACACACCGUGCAAACAAUCCAGUAUUACAGCUGAUAAUUUAUUUCACGGAAUUCCAGAAGAGGACGAUGAUUUAUCGUCUAAAUUCACAUGAAAAUAUUUAACCAGGUUACAGCUGGUAUCAUCGUAUUUUCGAGCGGAAUUGUACAAGACUCAAGUGAAUAUUUGAUACAGAAGACGUUCGGAUCAUCUUCGUCAUUAUUUAUAAAUUCUCAGCAGCUAUU